CCCAUGACAGGAUAUCCCUGCAUGGGUAUCCAGGAAGAGACAUGUUUAUAUAGAGUAUAUCAAUCCAUGAAGUCUACACACAUGUUUCACUAGUCAGAUGCCCUGCAAGUCUUCGACCGUUUUGAUAUGGCGAGAAAUGGACCUGUAUUUUUCCUGUGUGGUCAAAGAUGGUCAGUGAAUAGCCUGACUCUGGUCAUUGUUUUCCUUGCUGUCUUCAGCAAUGAGUUCCUUAUCUACUUUAUACAGAGUUUCCGAUGGCCAAAUCUGCCAGUAGCUACCAGGGAUUCCAGCAAAACACAGGUGGUACUGUUGGUGGCUGACCCACAGAUACAGGGCUACCAGGAUGAGCCAGGCUUCCCUAUUGGGCUGGUAACCAGAUGGGACAUAGACAGGUUCCUCGGCCAGACGUUUUCCCUGGCACAUGCAUAUGCCCAGCCCGAUGUUGUUGUUUUUCUGGGUGACCUGAUGGAUGAGGGCAGUAAAGCAUCAAAGGAAGACUUCAAAUCCUACUACUACAGGUUCAACAGUAUAUUUGGUGCAGCAGAAAAAGACAAUAAAGUCUAUAUUGCCGGUGAUAACGACAUAGGGGGAGAGUUUCGAGACAUGAGGAAAGAGUGGAAAAUAGACCGAUUUGAAAAACAUUAUGAUCUGUUAACAGGAGUUGAUAAAUAUGGAUUUAUAGAUUAUAUCAAGAUGGACAUACAAAAUCAAGGAAUGCAGUUUGUGCCAAAGAGAGAGUUGGCUGAUGAUCUACAGACUAAAAUCUCUUCACCUAUUAGAGUUCUUGUCAGCCAUGAAACUAUCAUGCAUAAAGCAAAAGUAGAACUGUAUCCACUGUUAAGAAGAUUGAAACCACAGCUGAUUUUCUCUGGGCAUUGGCAUAAGUCUUUUGUGUUUGUCUGUGAGAAAUGUAUGGUGGAUGACGAGUUUACUUGGCCAUUUCAUCAACGUGAUCUAACGUGGAUGACCGACUAUAUGUCUGUCAAUCUUACAAUCAACCAGAUGGCACUCACUGAGAUCAUGGUACCUACCUGUAGUUACCGGAUGGGUGUAGCCAAUAUGGGAUAUGGAGUUGCUGUCAUAGAAUCAACUGGAGAAAUGAAAUAUACAGUACUGUGGUUGCCACAACGAUACCGUAUGCUUUAUGGAUACUUAAUAGUUUUUUCACCGCUCCUGUUGGUGCAUUUGUUCUUCAAUUUUCUUCCAUUUCUAUUAAGAAAAUUACAUAAACGAAGGAGUUAACCAAUCAAGAUUGUAAUGCAUUCCAUAAUUAUGCAACUUAACAUUAAGCUCAGGAUUCCUGGUCCUAGUAGAUGGUUUGUUUCUCUCUGCUUCACAGAUUUUUGUCUUAACAUUUUUGACAAUUCUACUUUUUUUUCUUCUAAUGAAAAUUUAAACACUGCCACAUAUAAUUUAAUUAUCGCACAGUGCAAGGAGUGGAGUGUAUGGGAGGGGUCUCCCCCCUUCCCAUCGAUGGGGGUCUGGGGGGUCUCCCGGGAGAAUUUUGUUUUCUAGAACGCCCCAGACGCGUUCUCCCUUGUUCUGACGUCAGUUUCAAUGGCCCUUUUAAAGCAUAAAAAUAUAAUUUUCCCCUAUUAUCUUACAAAUAUUUUGCUUAUUUUGGGGUACGUAUGGAUUGGUACUUAUUUACGCAAAUUCUGUUAUAGAGUUCGGUACCAUUAUUCCACUGAAAAGAAAUGUGCAUUUUGGGAUGGUUGUUGUAAGAGUUUUUCUCUUCUUAUGACGUUUCUCCUCACGACUGUGAGUCCGGUUGCGCAGGGAUAUGAGACUAGUAUCACCAGCUAGAACUAGGAAUAGUUUAACAUUAUGUACAUAAGAACCGAUAUACUGGUCAAUGUGUAAAAUGUAAAGCCAUGGUUUAUGACCAUUCCUUCCCUUCAUACGUAUCGUGUAUCAAUAAAGGGGAUAAAAAUCAUAGAAUAAGUUUGUUGGGGGGGUUACCAUACCAAAUGAAUAUGCUACCCUCAGUUCUACAUGAUAUAAAAACACCUGUUAUUUCUUUUUUUAAUAUUUUUUUGUUUUUUUGUUUUUGUAAAAAAUCAUGUGUAAGCCCGGGUAUUUUUGCUACAUAGGUUGUUACGCGUCUGAAUCACAAGAGCAUAAUAGAGUGAUGAGGCAGAGAUGAAUUCCUGUAAUCAUAGAAAGACAUUUCUUUGAUAAGCAUUAUAUCUGUAUACAGAAAUUUUUGGUCGCAGUUUAACUGUCGCCUUUUUGGCCCUCCAUAAUGAGGGCAAGUUUAUUAUAACGAUGAAAAUCAGCACACAUCAUGCCAUACAUAUUACUGACAUAUGAAGGGUGAAAAUAACACUUUGUGAAAACCGAUUAUACCAGUGAAGGGUGUAAAUUUGACAGGGCAAAAGUUUCCCAGCAUGCAAUAUCUCACACAGAUGAACAUGUUUAGUAAUGUAUCAGUUCCAGCCAAACAUUAUGCAUGUACAAUACAAAGUUUGUGGCGAAUUAAAAAUAUGUGAGUGCCAAACUAUUGAUGGCUUAUAAAAUAUACCCCAACAGUCACUCAGCAGAUGAAUGGUCCUCAUCUCUAUUAUAAGUCAUGUCCAUAUUUGAAGUUCCUGUUUGGUUGUAGAUAUAUAGUAUUAUGGAUAAAGAUUCAAGUAUGGAUGUACAUUAAAAAUGAGGACCACUUGUUCUCUGAUAAAGCCUGAAAGCAUGGAAACAGAUCUAGAGUGACUGUUGAUAUUUGUUUUAUUACAUUCGCAUUCUCUAGUGUUUACAGAAUGUUGUAACUGUAUUUAUAUGUGUUUUACAAAACAAUCAAAACAUAGCCAAAACAUAUUUGUAAAGGAGAAAAGUCUGGUCGACAAAGAUUAUGAAAAGAGCAAGCAUUCCAGACCUUAUUUUAUUUUUAAUGUUAUUGUCACUUUUAUGUUAGUUUGUGUUGCAUGUAAACAGUUUACUUGUGUAUAUAUCACUAUACAUGUAUAUUUAUUUGUAUGAAAUUUAACCAUGGUUGCUUGCUAUACAUAUAUAGCUAUAUAUUUACAUUCUUGAUGUUUGUUCUGUACAUGAAUCUACCAACUGACAACAACUGCCAUUAGACUAUGAAACACUAUGAAUACAACGAUUCUCGUGCAACCAGUCAGCUGAUUUCACACACAAUGACCACUUCAAGAGUUAUUUCCC